AUGGAGAGCUCUAAACAAGAAGAAUCUAAGCUCAAAGAUAAGUCCCAAAUCAAGAAGAACCCAUGGCUUCAUGCUUGGAGUGACCCUAUAGCCGGAGUCCACUGAUAUUCUCAGACAAUGCUUCUUUCUGACCUAAACGAUGAUGGAGAUAAUAAAUUGAUUUUGGCUGAUAAGGACAACAUAAUUAAGAUUUAUCAGGGUACGAAUAUCCUAUUUCAAGAUAAUCUCAUAACUAGGCCGAUUGCCGUAGAGACUUUUUAUGAGAAUAAUAAAUAAACCAAUGAUGCCUAUCAUUGCUAUUGCUGCUGAUGACAAGAUUAUGCUCUAUCACAAAUACAGGCAAUAUUACUUAUACAUUUUUCCGCCGAUCGCCAUUGAAGAAGAAGAGCAAGAAAUAUGGAGAAAAAUGCAAAGCCAGGAGAUCACUACUGAACAGGGGGUUGAUCAACUCAACUCACAGAGAGAUUCAGGCAAAGGCAAGCCCUUUAAGUAAUUUUUAUAGAUCUAUGAACGCAAUCUGU